UGCACAAAAACAAGAUUGUGUGAUGAAACAACUCAUCCCUGUAUGGGAAGACUAGUGAACAUGGAAACUGAGAGAGAUAAAACUACUGUUACAGCUAUGGGUUCUCAACCUGAGUGCCACAAGGCACACACAACUUCAAAGUAUGCUCAGCUUGUACAUCAUGAAUCUAGCAGUUGCAGUCAGAACCUCGAAUCUAGAACUGAAGCUGUGUGUUGUGAAAUUGGAGGUGUUUCAGGUAAUCCUCACUCCAAACUUAAAUGCAGCCACUGCAGUGUUAAAUUGAAAUCUAGUACUGAACUGCCAUUGUUUGCAAAGUCGAAGCCCAUCUACAGUGAAAAUGUGGAAACAGACAUGACAUUAGAUUCUCUAUCACUGGGAGCACAAUCUUUCAGUUGUAGUGACCCAACAGAAUCUUGUGAUCCGUCAGAUACUGAGGCUCGCAACAGCACCAGCUGUGCGGAAGACAAUGAGAAUGAUGCUAUGGAGUCGACAAAUAAGGACCCAUCACCAUAUGAUAACCCAAUUUUUCGUGAAUUGUCAGAAUAAAUGGAGAGAUAAACAAACUAAAGAUGGACCAGUUAAAAG